AAGUGUCAUCUGAGUUCGAUUUGUGAAUUCUGAAGUCUGUACAUGUACACGAGCUUCGCACGGAUGAGCUGAGUGAAGACUCACUCGAUUCGUUCAUGAAUAUGCAUGGAAUCACCCAAACUCUAGAAACGAAGAUAAGGCUCAACUCUGUUACUACUUGCUGUUGGUCUUUUAAACCUCCUCACAGUUGUCUUCUCUAUCUGAAGAACCAAGCAAAAUCUUCUAUACUUGUUCCCAGAUAUGGCCGAAGAAGUGAUUUCAAUCUUUUUCUGUUCGCUCCGCAGUCUUUCUCGCUGAGUUCCAAGAAGAGAACCAAACGUAACUGUUCUACCCUUUUAAGAGCAAGCCGAAGAGAGUCCCCAUAUGCUGUUUUGGGCGUCUCGCCCACCGCAACUCCUGAAGAAAUUAAGAGAGCUUACAGAAAGCUCGCGCUCAGAUUCCAUCCUGAUGUCAACAAGGAGGCCAAUGCUCAGGAGAAGUUCAUGAGGAUAAAACAUGCAUACAAUACAUUAUUGAACUCGGAAUCUCGGCAGAGAUAUGAUUUUGGAAAUAGUGCAUCCAGUUAUUCCAGCUCCAGAGAUGAAAGAAAGCAAGAUGAGGAGUUCUAUGGUUUUGGUAACUUUGUGAGGGAUGUUCAAAUAACAAUAGAGGACUUCUUUAGAGACCUCCAAGCAGAAUUCCGUAACUGGGAAGCUAAUGUUGAUUCACAAGGGAAGCCAAAGAGUUUAUGGGAGGAGUUGGCGGACAUUGGUGAAGAAUUUGUGGAAUUUCUAGAGAAAGAGCUGAACAUAACUGAUCCCAAUGUUGAAGGCGGAAACAACAAUGAAAGGCCCCCAAGUAGUGAUCCAUAUGCAAAAUCCCGGUCAGACACUGGGGAAGAUGACCAAAACAAAGCAGACAAUGAGAGCGGCAUAGAGGACAACAUUGAUGAGAUUGAGGCCACUCUUGCUAGGUUGAAGAAGGAAUUGGGGCUAUAGGGAAACAUGGUACUUUCUGUUGUAUGUUUGUUGAAACCGAAGAGAAAACAGUACUGUGGUAUUUCUUAUGUGAAGAUUCUCAUUUAGCAUUGAGAACUCCCAUUAAAUCCUCUCUGCAGGUCUCCUCUAGGUUUACUGGUGAAAAUGGCAAAAGGAGCAGUUCGU